AUGGGACAAGAGAUCAAGCGGGAACUUCUGCAAAAGUGUCUGGUCCAGUCGGUGCCGGACAAAAAAAAGUUUCUAUUCAAGAAGAGAUCAGGGGUUGAUGGCUCUGCUGCUUCAAAUAUAACACCAACAGUUGGAACCACGGGCAUUCCUGCACCGUGUCAACGUGAUGAAUGCAUCACUGUUGACAAAUCAGUUUACACUUUGAAUAAUUUGGACCAUUGUGUUGUUGUGUCCCCCAACGCUACGAGCAAAAAUCAAUCUGGAUCGUGGACUUUAGCUAACAUCUCGAACUCGAUCGUAGUUCUGAAAAAUAUAUCUUUUGCCAGGGGGAGUGUAUUCAUGACUCAUUGUGAAGAUUCAGUUAUUAUUGUGGAGGUACCCCCCAAAAACACUGUUCAGGUAAGAUUGCAUAGUUUCACCAAUUGCAAGGUUGAAAUCAGAGUUCCCGGUGUAUUACCAGAUGCUGCUCGUCAAAAUGUGGUGAUUGAAGGAUUUAAAGACACAGUUUUCAACUCGAAUUGUGAAAGGUUCAUCAAGAUUCAAAACUUCAGUGAUCUCGGGUUUGGCAGAGGGACUGAUGAAAGUUCACAGUUCGAACCGUUCGAUUCUUUUGGGGAUAAUAUCACCUCCCUGAAACACCACUAUAUUUCACGAGAUGGGAGGUAG